AUGCCCUCACCUGCCGCCGGUGCUUCCGCUACUUCGGGAAACGGCAGGAAGGCUCCACGAAGCAAGAGCGGUUGCUGGACUUGUCGUGUGCGAAAAGUCAAGUGCGAUGAGAGACGGCCUACAUGCGGUCAGUGCAGCCGAUUACAGAUUCACUGCGAGGGUUACUCGUCGAGGUUCUCGUUCAGAGAUGACACGCAGCGUGUCAUGAAGCGUAUGGCGAGCGUUACCUCCACCGUCGGUAACCCCGUAUUCGAUCCGCAUUACGCUCUACGACGACCAUCUAUUUCGUCACCUAUGUCCGAUGAUCCGCCGCAUCUCGAACUCGAAUACUGUACACCCGGAACGAAAUAUAUCAUCCUCGAUGCCACCAGCUUCGAGGGCUACGAUCAGAAUGGAGAUGACUCUGACAACAACGAGGAGGGUGGCUCGCGCAACUCCUACUCGCCUCGGCAAGAACAGCUUUGGCAACAACUGCCGAGAGGUGAAAAGAGACUCGGGAGUGGAUCUUCCGAGUCGUCCGUCGAGAAGAGGAGAAGAACGCUGGACGCUGGUGAAUUGGCUACGCAAGGGCUGCUGGCCAUGGCUGGCGUCAUUCCUACUGGCCCUCCUCCUCGGACAUCGAUUCAUGCUCUGGUUGAUCCUACUCCAGCCGCUCACAUUCAGUAUUCCUCUCACCAGCACUGGUACCCACCUCCUCCGAACUAUCACCAGCAUCCUUACCACCAACGCAAGCCUCAACCCUAUCUCCCACCCGUACAAACACACUUCCAGCCAAUGGAGGUUGACAACAACUAUGACGACGAACCUGCCGAGGCAGUGUACUACAACGAAGACGCUCGGCCUGUUGACAUGGGCUGUGACAAAAGUCAGACAACUUCUCUGCCUACACCGGCAACCACCGAGUCCGACACAUCUGGAUCGCUUCGAGGCCCGGGCUCCCCAUCACCGAGCUUCGCAGCUCUUCCACCUUCAGAUAUCGUCAUCACGCAUACUAUCGAUAAUAGCGUGACAUACUUUGGACAGCCGCCAUCCUCUGCUACUGCCAAAGCGUCUGCCACUGUUUCUAAAAGCACCGGAGUCAUUCCUCUGGCGAGUAUUUGCGAGCUGGAAAGCCCGAGUGCUAGGCUUCAGCUGACUGAACCUGCACCGAGAGGUGUUCAAACUUUCUUGGAUCGUGAGUUGUUAGUGCAUUACCUCCGCGUCGUCGCACCAAAGUUGAUGGCGCCGAACCGUGGGCCAAGAAGUCCGUUUGUGCAGAUCUUUGUUGAGUUGGCGAAGGAUUCGCCGCCAGUUACUCAUGCCAUCCUUGCUAUUUCUGCUUUGAAUAUGUCGAAGAUGAAAGAUAGCAUUCCUCUCGAGGCACUCAUGCACUACAAUCAAGCCGCAACCAUGUUGUCGCAGAGUCUUGGUGACCCCAAAUUGCAGCUUCAGGAUGGCACUUUGGGGACGAUCUGUUUACUGGUGUUGUACGAAAUCACGGCUGCGGAGAACGACAAGUGGAAGCAGCACUUGAAGGGUGCGCGUGAGAUCAUUUUGGCAAGAGGAAGGCUCUUGACGGAUGAGCAACGUAACCGGGAAGGUCGCUUCUUGACUUGGUGGCUCGGACUGCUUGACAGUUAUGCAGCCAUGUCCGCUGGCGGUGACGGCAGGUUGAUUCAGGAUUUAGUUCAGCAGGAUAUGCUUCCGAUUGCCGGUGAGGGCAAGAUGCUUCCAACGUUGAAGAAGACGAAGCAAGAGAUCGAGGAGCAUAAGCUCGCUGGUCCCAUGUAUAAGCUCUUCCAAAACAUGGUUAUCUGGGCUUCUCAACUGUGGAACUUCGCCAAGUGGGCCAAGCAGGAGAACCGUACUGACGAGGAGAAGAUCACCCGCUUCAAGGAGCUCGGGAAGGAACUUGAUGCCAUUUGGGCUACGAGGUCUGCCGGUGUUGAUCAAAUGCGUGAGAAGAUGAACCAGGCCGGGUCUGUUGAUGACUCAUGGCCCAUGAUUGUGGCUCACCAGGUCAUGUCCUACUACCGCGCCUGUCGCAUCCACCUCUUCAGGUCCACUUACACAUCGGCGCCUCAGACACCAGCUCUUCGUCGCGAUGUUGAGGAGGUUUUGACAAUCGCGCGUUAUGCCGGUCGUACUGCGCCUGCUUCUGAGCGUCGGUAUCUCUUGUUCCCGUUGUUCCUCGCUGGUGUCGAGACUUGGGUUCAGGCUGAGCGCGAGGAGGUUUUGACGAUCUUGCUUGGCAUGGAGGGACAAAGCGUGGGUAACAAUUACGAGCGCACCAGGCAGCUACUUGAGGAGGUUUUGAGGAGACAGGAGGAGAUCGACCACGCUGCCGUCGCUGGUGAGUGCGAAUACCGCCGUAUUGACUGGGAGGCGGUCAUGAAAGACAUAUAUGUAGAGGGCCAGAUCGUGAUGAUCUGA